AGAGUGCGGCACAGGCACGAGCCGGCGACCGCCAUGAUGGAAGGAGGCAUGCAGCUGCUGAACCGCGAUGGCCACAGCAUCUCGCACAACUCCAAGCGCCACUACCACGACUCCUUCGUGUCCAUGAACAGGAUGCGACAGCGUGGGUUGCUCUGCGAUAUUGUGCUCCACGUCUCUAACAAAGAGAUCAAGGCGCACAAGGUGGUGCUGGCUUCUUGCAGCCCUUACUUCCACGCCAUGUUUACCAAUGAGAUGUCAGAAAGUCGUCAGACCCAUGUGACACUCCAUGACAUCGACCCCCAGGCACUGGAGCAGCUCAUUCAGUACGCCUACACAGCUGAAAUCGUGGUUGGUGAGGGUAACGUUCAGACGUUGCUUCCGGCUGCUAGCCUGCUGCAACUCAACGGAGUGCGAGAUGCCUGCUGCAAGUUCCUCCUCAGCCAGCUGGACCCCUCCAAUUGCCUAGGCAUCCGAGGGUUUGCCGACACGCACUCCUGCAGUGACCUUCUCAAGUCGGCGCACAAGUAUGUCCUGCAGCAUUUUGUAGAGGUGUCCAAGACAGAGGAGUUCAUGCUGCUGCCAUUGAAACAGGUCCUGGAUCUGAUUUCAAGUGACAACCUAAAUGUACCAUCAGAAGAAGAAGUGUACCGGUCUGUGCUGAGUUGGGUGAAACAUGACAUAGAUGGCCGCCGGCCACAUGUUCCUUGGUUGAUGAAGUGCGUGCGGCUGCCACUGCUGAGGCGUGACUUCCUAAUGAGCAACGUAGACACAGAGUUGCUGGUACGUCACCACUCCGAGUGCAAGGACCUACUGAUAGAGGCUCUCAAGUAUCACCUGAUGCCCGAGCAGAGAGGCGUCCUCAGCAACAGUAGGACGCGACCCCGCCGUUGCGAGGGGGCCAGCCCCGUGCUAUUUGCUGUUGGUGGGGGCAGCCUGUUUGCCAUUCACGGAGACUGUGAAGCAUACGAUACCAGGACGGACCGCUGGCACAUGGUGGCGUCCAUGUCUACUCGGCGGGCCAGGGUGGGUGUGGCAGCCAUUGGGAACAGACUGUAUGCUGUUGGUGGGUAUGAUGGCACCUCAGAUCUAGCAACUGUGGAGUCAUAUGACCCCAUUACUAACUCUUGGCAGCCUGAGGUUUCCAUGGGAACACGCCGGAGCUGCUUGGGUGUAGCGGUCUUGCAUGGUUUGUUGUAUGCUGCUGGGGGCUAUGAUGGUGCUUCUUGUCUCAAUAGUGCAGAGCGAUUUGACCCUCUUACCAGCUCAUGGACCUCAAUUGCAGCCAUGAGCACACGCAGGAGAUACGUUCGAGUCGCAACUUUAGAUGGAAACUUGUAUGCGGUGGGUGGUUACGACAGCUCCUCUCAUCUUGCAACAGUAGAGAAGUAUGAUCCUCAGAGCAACACAUGGACACCUAUUGCCAACAUGCUAAGUCGACGUAGCAGUGCUGGUGUGGCUGUGCUGGAUGGCAUGCUGUAUGUAGCAGGGGGUAAUGAUGGCACCAGCUGCCUCAACUCUGUGGAAAGGUUCAACCCUAAGACCAACACUUGGGAGGGAGUGUCUGCUAUGAACAUCCGCAGGAGCACUCAUGAUUUAGUGGCUAUGGAUGGAUGGCUAUACGCUGUGGGAGGUAACGACGGCAGCUCUAGUCUCAACUCAAUUGAGAAGUACAACCCACGCAGCAACAAGUGGGUGGCGGCCUCCUGCAUGUUCACGCGCCGCAGCAGCGUGGGCGUGGCCGUGCUGGAGCUGCUCAACUUUCCGCCGCCGUCCUCGCCUACCCUGUCUGUUUCCUCCACUAGCCUUUGA